UCGUGCUCGGUUGGCCGGCCCUUUAAACUUUAUAUUUUCAAUAUUCAACACCGCCAGACUGUUACUAUACGUUAUAUAAAACAAAAUCCAACUGGUUAAUUGGCAGUGAACAUUUUAAAAUUUAUUGAAUAAUAAAGUGCUAUACAUAUGUAUUAAAAAUAAUUCGUUAUAAUUCAAAAUCGGUAUUAAAAAAUACACUUCUAUGGAGAUAUUUACAUAAAUAUGUACAUACAUAGUUGUUAGUGUUGUUUCCCCCUCUUAAUGCACUUACGUGCAAGUAUGUGUGUGCGUUUAUAUGCACCGACGGCGAUGUCGUAGCAUCGUUUCUGAACGCGCCGUAACGCAAAAACGAUAAUUGGGUUGAGGAAAAGCUUACAUACUCGUACAUAUGUAUGUAUAUUGAUGUAUGUAAACACAUACAAAUACAUACUUGUGCCUACAACGUGACCGAUUUCAAGUUUUUCCUCUUUGGAUGCAUUUGCUCGUUGCAUGCAGUUGAAAUGACAUAACUACGAGCAUUUGAAAAACCAAAAAUCACAAGAAACUACACUGCAGACUACAACGAGCCAAGCGCUUUAUUUCAAAGUUCCCAUCUCUUAAAUCAACUUAACUUGUGUACGACUGCGGAAAGGAAAAAUCGCACCAGGCAGAGAGAGCACAACUCCAAAUUAGCAACGUCGACACCGUCGACUAGUCGACAAAAGUCCAAUCUCAAACAACGCCUCCGCCACCAAAAUGGACGACGAUCAGCAGUUCUGUUUGCGGUGGAACAACCACCAGAGUACUCUAAUCAGUGUUUUCGAUACGUUACUGGAAAAUGAGACACUAGUCGAUUGCACGCUCGCCGCCGAGGGUAAAUUUCUUAAGGCCCACAAGGUGGUACUCUCAGCAUGCAGUCCCUACUUUGCUACCCUUCUCCAGGAACAGUAUGAUAAGCAUCCAAUAUUCAUACUUAAGGAUGUUAAAUACCAGGAGCUGCGCGCUAUGAUGGACUAUAUGUAUCGUGGCGAAGUAAAUAUCUCGCAAGAUCAGCUGGCUGCUUUGCUCAAGGCCGCCGAAUCACUGCAGAUCAAGGGAUUGUCCGAUAAUCGCACCGGUAACGCAGCUACUGCGCCCAAACCGGAAUCACAUCAUCGCGGCAAAUUGGGCGGAGCCUACACUUUGGAGCAGACAAAGCGGGCUCGCAUGGCCACCGGUGCCAUGGAUGCGCAGGAUGUGUCCGGAUCACGCGAGGGUUCCUCAAGUCCGUCGCGUCGUCGCCGAAAAGUUCGACGUAGGAGUAUUGAAAAUGAUGCGCACGACAAUUCCAAUUCAUCGGUGUUGCAAGCCGCCGUCGUGUCAAAUCAGUCAAUCCUCCAACAAACGAACACCGGCCUCGCCGCUUCCGCAAUGGUCGCCACCCAAAUGCCCGCCAGCUCCUCAGCCAGCAAUGUGGCUGCUGCCAGCCAAGUUACGACCCAGCCAUCAUCAUUGACCAGCACCAACGUUACCAAAAAGACUGAAAGCGCUAAACUAACAUCGACAGCCGCCCAAGGAGCCGCUGCAACUGCUGCAGGUGGUGUCAAUGCAGGACAACAACAGCAACAAACAAGCGAUGCCAUUAACACCGACAAUGUACAAACUGGUGGCGCCCAAGGCGCUCAUGUUGGCGCUGGCGGUGACGUCGAAGAUAUGGAUGUGGUCGCAGCAGGAGGUGCUGCUGUCCACACUGGUGUGGUGGUUAAACAGUUGUCAGCAACGAUCGAAAAGUCGAAUCACAAACAGAAGAACAAAGAUAGUAGUGUUUCAUCGGCAGGCUCGGAAUUGGUUAUUGAACCUAAAGCCGAAUACGAUGAGGAUGCGCAUGAUGAGAACGUUGAAGAUUUGACAUUGGAUGAGGAGGACAUGACAAUGGAGGAGCUGGACCAAACGGCGGGCACCAGUCAGGGUGGCGAAGGAUCUAGUCAAGCAUAUACAACAUGGCAACACGAUAGAUCUCAGGACGAACUCGGACUAAUGGCCGCACAGGAUGCACAGCAACGGGAUCCACAAGCACCCGGAAGUUAUGCAUCCAACUCAAGUCAAACACCGCCACCGGCCUCGACGCACUCGUUGAUACGUGAUUAUUGGUAUGAGCUUAAAUUUUCGGACUUAUUUAAAUUUAUAAAUCCGGAUGGACGUUAUCAGUGCCCCAGAUUUAACUGCUUGAAGAGCUAUAAGGACGCCAGUUCAUUGCAACGACAUAUCAGAUAUGAAUGUGGAGGACAGAAAAAAUUUCGCUGUCUGAUGUGCGGCAAAGCAUUUUCACAAAGCUCCCACCUAAAGCGGCACCUUGAAUCCGGUGUCUGUGUCAAAUAUUACUUAUGAGAUAAUGUUUUCUUCAAAAUCAAAUAGAAUAAAUGUUAUCCCAAUAGGAAGAGUGCAAAAUUUUGUUGACUAAACAAACAAAGAAACAAACAAACAAACAACAAUGAACAAAACAAUAAGUAUAUAACAGGCAAAUUAUAUCAAGGUACAGAAUCAAGAACAAAUGAACAAGAAUGUAGCAAAAACAAGAACAAUUACAAAUAACAACAAAACGAAUUUAUUGGAUGCCACAUCAUUUAUAUAAAAAAUCAACUAAACAAAACCCAUAACAAAUGGAAAACAAAAAGAAUUCUUGUUGAUACUGCAUAGUUAAAAACGUAGCUAAUAAAAAUAUUUAACAGACAAAAAUAUAUAUAUAUACAUAUACGAUAUAUAUAUAUAUUUAAAAGCAAAGUGGACAUUUUAUAGAAUUUUAGUAAAAAUAUAUUGAAAAAAGAUAUAUUGAAAAAAAAAAGAAAUGAAAAUAAAAUUAAUAAUAAAGUAUAGAAGGAGCGAGAUACAAAACCCAUACACGAAAUGAAGCUAAGAGCAAAACAUUUUAGUCAAACUAACCAAAACUAUAUAAUUUUAGUCAAAAUGCUUACAAGCAACUUAGUGAAAUUACAAAAUGAAGUGUUUAUAAAUAAUAUAUACACAUAGAGAAAAAGGAACACACUCACACAUAUGAAAAUGGGAGGAAUGCAUAAACAUAAUAGGAAGAGAAUAUAUAUAGUAUAUAUAUAUAACAACCGUACUGUGUUUAUUUGUUGCCAAAUAUAUAUAUAUAUACAUAUAUAUCUAUAUAUUUAUAAUAUAAUUAAUAUUUGUUAUCCAAAACAAUGCAAAGAAACUGUUGUAAAGCUGUUGAAAGCAAACAAAGUUAAUAAUAACACCAGGAAUGGAAGGAAGGAAGGAAGGAAGGAAGUUGGCAAAACUUAUGUUAAAGCAGUGUUGACACAUUUCAUACAUAGAAGCUAAAAGCCUUGCGAUAACUACAACUAUUUAGUACGGCAGAAAACGAUACGUUUUAUUAUACGAUAUAUGUUGCGAGUUAUUUCCCCAUAUACAUAUGUAUUGUAUAUGUAAAUGUGAAUGUUUGUUAUAAAACAAAGUAAAAAGUGCAUAAAUGCAAGUUGUUAGACACACAGAAUGAAGAUUUACGAGUAUGUGUAUAGUAGUUGGAGGCUCAGAGUUAGAGUUGAGAGCAAACGAUUUAUGAAUAGUUAGUGCAAAGGCCACAUGAUUUGUUGGUUCAAAGAACAAAAGUUUAUAUACAACAUAUACAUAUAAAAUACACAUCUAUAUUAACGUCUAUAUAUAUAGUAUACAUAUAAUGCUAUGUUAGCAACUGUUGUCUGUUACUGAUGAGAUGCAAUAGCCAUACGAAGGUUGGGUUAGAGAGUUAUGUCUAAGAAGAUGUAGGGCGAUGAGGCAGCAUUUUUGAGACACAUUUUGAAGUAGCCGAUUAUUAUUGGCGCCUGUUUCUUUGCAUGUUGUGGUCUGAUGGUUUGUGCGCGGUAUUUGGGUUUGUUUGAGUGCCAAUUCGUUCAUGUACAAACAUGUACAGCUUAAUUUCAAUUCAAAAUCUUCAUUUAAUUACCAAAUAAUAACAACAAUGUGCCAUUAAUAAUUUAAAUUUAAAACAUGCCACCCAGUAGCCGCUUUCGAAACCAAACGAAUGAAAUUCAAUGCUGCAACCAAAAAUCAGAAAAAAUAAUGCAACAUAUACUCGUCAGUAUACAAAUCGAUAAACAAUUUUAUUUUUAUUUUUGUUCUUUUAACAAUAUACGUUUAGAUAUGUUUUAGUUGGCAAAGCUCUGCUAGCUGCGAAAUUGAAUAGUUAUUAUUUAUCAAAUUUUUCAAAUGUUUAGAUGAGUGCCAUUAUUUGUUAAAUAAAUUCAAUUUACAGUUGGAAAUAAUGGGAAUUUCAAUCAACUGGUAAUAGUCAACAGGGUGAUGAGGAAACAAUAAAAAUCGUUUUAAUUUUCAAGCAAUUAGUUGAUUUUGUUUUCAAUGUUCAAUAUUUACAAAACAAACAAAAAAAAUCUGAUUACAAAUCCUUCGUAUUUGCUUAAACACACCAAAAAGCAAACAUAAAACGGUAGAAUGCAUAAUAAUCAGCAUAUUAAUACAUUAACAAAGGGCAAUAGCAUUAACAGUUGAACUCGAAUCCACUAGACAAAUUAUACAUACAUAGAGAAAAGUAAUAAUAAAACUGUUGUUAUCAACGUAAAGUUCUUCAAACUACAUACAUCCUGAACCAUUUUCAAUAGGAAGCGAGCGAGGGAGGGAGGGAGAUUAGAGAGCAAAUUUUAAGUUUAUUGACAAUUUGUUUUAACAUAGUUUUUUGUUCGUUUAGAUGUGCUAAUUGAAUGAAGUGCGCAAUUUGUCUUGUCCGACUUGUAUUUAUGUCAAUUUUGAUCAAUAGUCAUAGGUACCUCCAUACAUAUAGAAUGUUGAUUUAGCAAUCAAAACACAAGACAAAUUGAAAGUGCACUUUCCAAUGUUCAUGGCUAAUGAAAUUAGUUGAAAAUUUAUGCGUUUUUACCUGUUAAUCUAUGAUUUAUUUACCCAACUUGUUGCAAGUCAAUGCGUAGCUAAAUUAUUCUAUUUUUUACUGUUACACUUUUUUUUAGAGUAAUUGGAGUCGUCUUAACAUUGAAUAUUAGUUCUGUUGCAUUGUUUUUAACAUAAUUGUAAGACGGUUUUACAUAGAUUGUUUAUUAUUUUUUAUUAAUAUUUCGUUUAAGUUUUAACCUGUUAUUGUUAAUUAAUAUUUAAAAAUAUAUAUAUAUUAAAAAUUAAAAAAAAAAAAAAUGAAAAUUAGUCUAAUGUAACAACUAGAAGCAUAAGAAGAUACAUAAUGAACAAAAUAUACUCCAAAGAAACCAACCAAAUAUAUAUGUAUAUAUAUAUAUAUAUAUAUAUUAUAUACAACACAUAUACAUACAUAUAUAAGAGGACAACACAUAUACAUAUAUACAAGGACAUAUAUGUAUAUAUCUAUAUUUAAAAAAAAAACAAUGAUAUGAUGUUUUAGUAAAAGUGUAUUUGGAACCGAAUUGCCAUAUUUAGCAGCAAAUUAACGACAGUGUAAAUUAUACAUACAGUAAACACAAAUGCAAAGGAAAACACAUAUAUUACAAUAAUUACCAGAACGAAAAAAGAACAAGCAAAUUUAAAUGUAACGAACGAAUGUUGUUUAUUUUUCGUAGCGGAAAUUGACAAAAACAAAAAUGGUCUUUAUAUGAACAUAAAUAUAUUUAUUGUUAACAAACAAACAAACAAACAAAGAAACAAAACAAAAACCACGGAAAAGGCGAAAUUAUGAAACAAAUUUAUACAAGAAAAAAACACGGAUAGAAAACAACUUAAAUUGACGAAGCUGAUAUUGUUAGUACCUUAAAAAUAAUAAUAUUAAUAAUUGUUAAAAUAACUAGCCUAAUAUUAUUGAAGAGAACAAAAUUAUACAGAUGAUGUGGGAAAUGUACUGCAAAAUGUUUUGCAUGUGUAAACCAAUUAACAACACUUGAGAUUAUUCUAUGUUAAUUUUAAACCACUUGAACACUUACCAACCUAUUUCAAAAUUGUUAUUUUUGCAACAAACGAAACACCCUGAACAGAGAGCAAACCUAAACGGCAUUAUGCCAUUUAUGUAUGAUGUAAACAUGUUUGAAUUUAUAAAGUGGUAAUAAAAGUAAUAAAGAUUGAUAUUGAAA